AUGACUGGAAAGGAGCGUCAGCGUUUGGUUCCGGUUAUCAGGCUUCUGAGUAAGACCGUUGCCGCUCCGAUAAUCGGGCUGACAGAGAGGAAGAAUCAUGAGCUUGAGGAGGAAGAGGGAGAUGACUUACAGCAGUAUGGCGUUGAGGAUGUUAUGGCGGAAGAAAGGGGAGGGAGGGAGAGAGAGAGAUUGGGUGAGCAGGGUACCUUGACAGGCAGAGAGACGGCGGCAGCAGCUGGUGUGGUAGAUAAGGAGGAAGAGGAAAAAGGGGAGAGAGGAAGGGGAAGCCGGGCGAGGCAAGGGCUUUAUAAAUGGCGAGGAAAAGGAGAUUUCUAG